ACAUAUAUCUAUUGUAUGUAUUUAUGUGUGUUAGUCAUUCCAUUUAUUUACCUUUUUUGUUAUGUGAAAUACUGUUACAAUCGUGUCACACGUUGAACCCGCUUUUUUAUAUAGAAUUUCGCAGUCAAAUUAAAAAAUACAAAAAUGCAGCGCGCAUUCUUUAUCCUCUUCAGUCCAACAUGUGCAUGUGAUCACGAGCGAGUUCGUAUUUUUUAUGUGUUUUUGAAUUUCGCUACAAUUUGCUUUCAUUUUCAUUACUGAUUUCAAUUUCAUUCUAAAGGCAAAUUGCAAAAAAUAAAAUAUUAACUAAGAAAAAAAAUAAAGAAAUAAAAAUGAAACACAACCGAAAGUUAAAAAUAAAUAUCAUGCUCACGAUAUACGCAGAGCGCACGUACUAAGCAGCAAAGGUGAGUUCCUUGCUCAAGAGAGCGUCAGUUUUCAAUGAGUGUAACGCGCAGCAGAGUGAAAUUUCGUCGAUUUUGCUCUCUCAACGGCACUGUCUGCAGCAGGAAGAUACCUUGGAGCAAAACAGGUAGAAUGUGGCGCGAAAGGCUUAUUUGUUAGCGAAACGCGAGCGUGUGCGGUUGGCCAAUAGGUCUGGCGGCUUUCGUGUGAUUUGUGGGAAUCAAAGUAAUAAAUGUGUGUGUCUCUCAGUGCAUAUAAACACAUACUACAUAGCUACUAUAUAGCUAAAAUGUGCUCCAAUCGGAUUUAGUUUUCGAAAAAAAAAUUUAAUAACUAAAUGGUUUAAUUAGUGAAAAUAAAAGUGUUUAUAUUAUUUAUACUAAUAAUUCAAAAACGUGUUAAACAAAUUAUACCAAAGUGAAGCGAAAAUAAUUGCAAAAAGUUAUCAUAAUACAUUAACUCCCGAAAAGCAUGUCCAAAAAAGCCUCACCUCUGAGUGUUGGUACAAAAAUAAAAGCAAAAACCGCUACUUUAGAAACAGCAAAACACACUAGAACAACAACAGGCACUGUGGAAAUAGCACAGAGUUCCAGUUUGAACACAGCGCCCGGCGAUAUAAGUGCUACAGCGGCCAUGCAGGCGGUCAAAAUAAAGAAGGAGUUGCCCAGUGAUGAGAUAAAGGAAUUCGCCGAGAACACAAUGAACGAGCUGCUCGGCUGGUACGGGUUCGACGGUGUGGAUCGCCUGGACUUGUCGACGAAAACCAGCCGCCUGCUGCAAUCGGCGGCAGUUGCACAAGCGAACAACGCGGCGCUGACGGCUGCCAAUAGCAACUGCGCCAACAACAACUCCAGCGUCAGUAACAGUGCAUUGAGCCAACAACAACAGCGACAUUGCAUGGAGAAACGGCGUAGUCGCAGUCGAGCUGCCACGUUGCUGCAAUUGCAACAGCAACAGAACGAGCACUUGCGAAACAUUAACAACAACAGCAAUAACAGCAAUAGCAAUGCGAACAACAAAAACAGCAGCAGCAGUAGAAAAAUUACGCUGAGUUGUGGCAGCGGAAAUUAUCGCACCGGCAACCGAGCUAACGCCAGCGCUUUAGCUGGUGUCAGUAGCAGUGGCGGUGGUGGUAGCGGUGGAGCUGGUGGCGGCGGUGAAAGCACAACAUCCGACCACGAUACGCGCAGUUCGCGUGAGGAGGAUUCGAAGAGUCCGAUUUCAGCUGGCAAAAAUACAACUCUGGAGGAGAAAAUCGACUUGCUGAACUGCUGUUGGUGCCGUCGUCCUGUGCCCGAGAAUGCGCCUGAGUUUCUCACCACCACCGAUGGGCCGCGUUACUGUUCCGAAUCGUGCUUCACGCAAUCACGACGCGCGUCCUUUAAGAAAGCCAAAACUUGUGAUUGGUGCAAGCACGUGCGACAUGCUAUCAGCUAUGUGGACUUUCAGGAUGGUGCUUCGCAAUUGCAAUUUUGCUCGGAUAAAUGUCUGAAUCAGUAUAAAAUGCAGAUUUUCUGCAAGGAGACACAAGCGCAUCUGGACAUGAAUCCACAUCUGCGUGAACAGGGUCUGGAAGCUGUGGCGUCCGGUAAUGGCGCUGGUCUCAUAACGCCCGACUUGUGGCUGCGCAAUUGUCGUAGUCGUUCGGCAUCGCCAGCUUCGACAAUAUCCGUUUCGCCAGGUCCACAAGGUGCCGCCGUGAUUACAACGCAAAAUGUUGGCAUAGCCACGGGCUCUUCAUCUUCUCCAGCUUCAUCAGCAGCCUCAAAUGUGGGGCACUCUACGGUGCCGCCACAUAAGCCCAUGAUCUCGGUGGCGCCUGUCUCGAAGCUCAUGUCGAAGAGUGUCGGCAUGUUGAGCUCUGCAACGGUGCCAACAUCGAAUCGCGUCUCGCCGAAACACAAUCGCAAAAAGCGACCAUUGCGCUCUAGCUUGAGUGGCAGCGCCAACGCGCACGCCGAUUUAUCUUCCGUCUGCAUGAAGGGAAAUCAUUUGUCUCGCGAGGGCAGUAGUUUGAGUGGCUCAGCCGCUACUAAUGCAACCAGUUUGAUAGGCAAGGGUAAAUCAUUGUUGAGCGGCAACGGAAGCAACAGCUUGCGGACAAGUCCAGGCGUUCAUUUGCCAGUGCCUGGUGCGGGUGGAAGUUGCGGAAAGACAGGUGCAUCUGUGUUAAACCAGUUUGCGGGUUCAAGCGUGCAGGAUCUCCAUAUGAGUGUGCCACCCCUGUCACCAAUGAUGGAACAACAAAGUCCGUCUCAUGUGCUGCCAUCACAUCCGUUAAGUAGCGCGCGUUGCGGUACAAAUAUACCACCGGCAUUUUUCGCCACGACUACUGGCGGUCAACCGCCUAACAAUGCUGGACCACAUCAACAAAUACCACACGGCGCAUACCCGCCACAUCCGCCACCCUUUCUAUCAAAUGCUGGUGCGCCUACAGCGCCUGGUUUACUGCCGCGAUUCUUCGGCGCCGGCGGUUUUCCUGCAUUUCCACUGCCCCCGCAUGUGGUGCAAACGCCGCCUGACAUGAUGGGCGGUUUGGGACUUGGCGCCUUGCUAGGUGCGCCUCCUCCGGUUACAGUUAUGGUGCCAUAUCCCAUAGUUAUACCGCUACCUAUACCCAUACCGGUGCCACUGCCAGUGAUGGACUUUUACAAGGCCUACAUGACCCCCGAAGAGCGUAGCAAACUAAAGGAAAAAGAAGAAAGUGAAGCCAAGAAAGAUGCGUUAAGGUCAAAUACUGCGGAUGAGGAGGCAAACGCUGAGGCUAGAUUGGAACAUAGUGAUUGCGAACACAAAAUUGAAGUUGGCGAGGAAACCGCCAACGAAGAGCCGUUAGAUUUCACUAAAACAAAGAACUGUAUGCAAGCACAACAUAUUGAGCACCAAGAUGAAGAAAUAGCUACGGUCUCUGUGCAUUUAGUUGAAGAAGCCACAUCCAGUCUUAAACGCGCCUUGUCCGACGAGCACUUGACAACGACGACGUCAUUAUCACCGGCAACACCAGUCACCCCAACGACCAACACAACUACCACCACCGCCGUAACACCUUCGCCGGACCGUUCUCCCUGCUCGCCAGCCACGUCUUGCAAGGCCACACAUUGCAUUGUACGUUCAGACGAAUCGGCCGCAAUCAGACGGGAACUAAGCGCAGAUAUAGACGAAGCUGGUGGUGCUAUCGGCGAUUGUGACGAUGCUAAACAAAAAUUACCGAAAUUUAAGAUAACGCGACUCCAAACGAAGCGCACACUCAUACAAACCAAAGAAGUACCCAGCACGCCCACCACUUCGGCGGCGGAAUGCAGCCGACCAUUACGAAAGCGGAAGCGCAUAAUCGAUUGCGAUUUUCAAAAGUUAGCUCUCAAAGAGUUGACGUCAGCGGACGGCGAUGGCGAUGAAAACGCUGAUUUGCAUAGUGAGGAAGCCGAUCCGAAGACGACAGGAAUCAGUUUAUCAACAAUAGCGUGCAAUAAUAACACUAAAGCCCAAAGCAAAAAGUAGGGUUAUGUUUUAAAUAUAGAAAUAAUUUUAGAAUUCAAUAAGUUCAAACUUAAUUUGUCUAAGAAAAUAGCUUAAGUAAAUAUUGUUAGUGCUUAGGAUAUAAUAUAAGAGCUUAAACGUAUACUCUAAUAAAAAUAUCACACAUUUCAAGGAGGGUAUAAAAAUCGCUUCAGACUUGGUUAUGUAGCUUCAAGCCAAUAUUUCGUUCUACUGUGAAUUUCGGUUUACUUAAUUUUUUUAAGAUAAAUGUAUAAUUUAAAACAUCUUAAUUUAAUAAAAGAGUUCAAUUUUUACAUAAUCUUGUUGAACGCACAGUAACGGUUGUUUUCUUGUCGUUGUUGUAUUUGUAAUAUGAAUGGAAGUUUUGACAUACACUUCUAAACCGGAUGUGUGUUGAUGUAUUUACGCUCUUCUUAUUCUGAAUGCUUGCGGCCAGCAGUUCACAAUAGUAAUGAGUACAAAAAAGUUUCAAUGGGAGAGUUAUCUGCUUUGU